GACGGUGUCCAAGAGUGCAUGCGCCCGUGCCUAAUUCUGCUCAGAACUUCCUUUCCACACGGGAAACCAAAAAGCUUAGAAUGCUGAAAGUGCUAGCUGUGACACUUUGCUGCUUUGGUCCAGCGCUUCCAAUUUUGCUGCAGCGAAACGAUUGCCUGUGUGAUCCGGUGAAUGCCUUUCUCGAUUCACUUCCGCUUAAUCGUGAACGAACAGAUCAAUUGCUGGGAAUCGACGGGUAUCAAGGUAAAGCACACCGGGUCGUCACGAAAGAUGGUUACGUUUUGCGAUUGUAUCAGAUUUGGCGCGAUCAGCCACCGGGAGUGAAUUCUACCCGGGGAGUGAUUUUGUUGCAGCAUGGAAUCCUGCAUUCUUCGGCUGAUUGGUUAGUGUUGGGACCGGGUCGAUCCCUCGCCUAUCAGCUGGUCGAUCUCGGUUACGAUGUAUGGCUUGGUAACAGUCGGUCGUCACUCAACUCGCACCAACACGUAAAAUUCUGCACUUGCUCCAAGGAAUUCUGGGACUACAGUUGGCACGAGAUGGGCAUCUACGACCUUCCGGCGAUGAUCGACACGGUCCUAGCGAGAACCCAACAACCCAAGCUGCGACUGGUGGUGUACUCGGAAGCAGGAGCCCUGGCCAUGGUUAUGCUCUCUUCAAGACCGGAAUAUAACAACAAGCUGAUUGCAUUAGACGCCAUGGCCCCGGCAGCGUUCGUCUCCAAUACUUGGUAUCGAUAUCUGGCUCUACCGUUCGCGAAGAUCCCGAAAGUAUUUCGGUCUGCGUACGCACUGUACUCAACGAACGAGGUGACGGUGGAGGCUUGUGAAACCGAGAAGAAGAUAUGCACGGACUUGUACUACCAAUUCUUAAACGGGGAAAGUGUCGGUAUGAACCGGACCUGGAUCGAUCGGAUAUACCAGAGCAUGCCGGCUGGGGCGUCCAUCAAGGAGGUCUUGCACUAUGUUCAGCUGAUUUGGACCAAAAAGUUUGCACCAUUCGACCACGGAGUGAGCAAGAAUCUGAAGAUGUAUGGCUCGAAGAUUCCCCCGGAGUAUCCGCUGGAUCGGAUCUCAGUUCCGGUUAAUAUUCACUACGGGCUGCGGGAUAAGAUCGUCGAUCCCGUGGGGGUGAUGCGGUUGGGAUCGCGGUUGAUUAACAGUCCCCGGGUGAGGAUGCGGCCAUACGACGAGCUGCAGCAUUCGGAUUUCAUCUACGGGGAUUCGGCGUACGAGAUUGUGUACAAAGAUGUUCUGAUGUGGAUAGUGGAACCAAUAAAAUGA